CUGGGACCGUUACAUUCCUAGGUCGCUAGCAUCUUGUAUUAUAGUAGCAUUAAGAGGGUAGUAAAAGUAGUGUUAUUGAAGAUAAUAGUGGUUUGAGACCCAUGUCUUAUUAUAUCCUGGUUGGAAUCUAGAGUGGUCAAAAACCAGGGUGUUUGAUUUACAAUCCGAAGCUCGCACUGAUAAGAAUCCGAAACUCGCACUUUGAGUUCUCACUUGCAUCCCAAGCUCCUGUCAGCCUAAUUACCGAAUAAGGCAGGUAGCUUGUACCAAGUUCUAAUCCUAUGACAAUAAUAAAGAACUUUCAGCUUCAGCACCUAACUCGAAAUGAAGUGCGAAAACCUCUGUCUGGUCCAGUUCACACGCUCCCAUCAGGAAUAGACAUGGCUGCUUCCCAGGCCACUACCCCUUCCCUGGGGGAAUACCCUCCAGCUGUCGACCUGCGGGCCAUGAUGAGGGCGCAUCCUCUACCAGUCAUUUCCGAAGAAAUGAUUGAUGAAACAGUCAUGACGGGCGACGAGCCGACCAAGCAGGCGCUCGUAGUCCUAGGCUCGCUCAAUGCCGCGCUGGUCAAUGCCGAUGUCGAAGCACUCAGACGCUGCUUCUUCCCGGGCCAGGCAUACUGGAAAGACUCGCUGGCGCUGACAUGGCAUUUGCGCACCUUCAAAACCCCUGGGGGCAUAGCGGCGAGUCUUAUGCAAACCACAAAGCUUCGAGGCAUGCUCGAAGACAUAAUACGGCUCGACGGCGAAGCGCAGUUUGUUCCGGCAACGCCUGUCCUUCAAUUUAUUGACGGCAACCUGACUUUCACGACCCGCUCGCCUGCAGCCGCUUGCAAGGGGAGAAUGCUGCUCUUGCCUGCCGCGAACGACGGCAGGGUUGAGUGGAAGAUCUGGAUCCUCAGCACUUACGUCGAGGAGCUGGAGCAGCACCCAGAGAAUGAGCUUAUGCUUCAGUCUCCGGGCAGGCAGCUCGAGGGACUGGAGAAGUUCGAAACAAAUGUCUUCAUCAUCGGAGGCGGAAAUGCCGCCAUCACCCUCGCAGCGCGCCUCAAAGCUCUGGGCGUCGACAGCGUCAUGGCCGAACGAAAUGCCAAGCCGGGGGACAACUGGGCCCUUCGCUAUGACUGCAUGCGCUUUCACAUCCCAACGUCAUGUUGCGAGAUGCCGUACAUGUCUUAUGCCCAGGAGCUCCAGACGCCACACCUUCUCUCCCGAGAUGAGCUUGUUGAACAGGUGCGACGCUAUGUCAAGACUUUCAACCUCAACAUGAUCACCUCGGCCAGAAUCCAGUCAACUGUCUACGACAAAUCGGAGAAGCGGUGGGUAGUCAAGUUCCAGACCCCCGGCGGUCAAAAAACCGCCUUUGCAAAGCAUCUGGUGCAAGCAACGGGCUUUGGGUCACAGGAGCCCUACCUUCCACCCAUGAAGGACGCCGGCCUAUAUCAAGGGAUCAGCGUCCAUUCGCAGCACUUCAAGAGCGGUACUGCGCUGGCAGAAAAGGGGAUCAAGUCCGUUCUUGUCAUCGGCUCAGCCAACACAGCCUUUGACGUGCUCGAGGACUGCCACGCUGCUGGUCUCAACGCCACAAUGGUAGUUCGGUCGCCCACUUACAUUGUGCCCAUCGAGUACGUGCGUGACCGGCGUGCAAUUGGUGCUUACGACCUGGGCGGCGUUGAUCGCAUGGAUCGACUCCUCAUGACGAUGCCGACCUGGGUCGAUGGACAACUGCUCCGCGGCCUGCUUGGCCAGAUGGCGUGGCAGGAGCCAGACCGAUACUCCGCACUCGCUGCCGCUGGCUUCCCCGUUGUUGAUAGUCGUGACCCUGAAGCCUCGUUGACACACCACCUGUUGGAAAGGGCGGGCGGCCAUUAUGUCGAUGUCGGCGGCACGAAGCUCAUCUCGGAAGGGAAGGUCGGUCUCAAGGCCGGGGUGGAGCCCGUGGCUUAUACGGCCACGGGUUUACGUUUCUCGGACGGGAGCAGCAUGGAUGCUGAUGCCGUGGUGUGGUGUACGGGGUUUGCGGAUAAGAAUGCCAGAGAGACUGCUGCAAAGAUCUUGGGCGGAGGUCUCGGCACUAGUAACGGCGCGGGAAAUCGCGCAGAUGUUCUCGGUCCGGAUGAGAUUGCUUCCCGACUCGAUGCUACAUUGGGGGUUGACGCUGAGGGUGAAAUCCGGGGCAUGUGGAAGCGCCACUUGUGCAUCAGCAAUUUUUGGAUUAUGGGCGGCCACACGCAACAACACCGAUGGCAUUCACAGACGCUGGCCCUGCAAAUUAAGGCCGAGCUUGAGGGGAUCCUGCCACCGGCGUAUAGGGAGACGUCUGAGCUAGGGAAGGUCAGGAACAGGCUAUCAGGAGGGAACUGAACAGAUUGGACGAACUUGACACUCGUUCAUAUGUAUCACUUCCUGCAGGGA